CAAACACCUAACACACACUAUUCUCUGCUGCUCCUCUCUCCUUAUCCAUGGCGUCUACCUUCCUUACAUUGGCUAAACCCUUCACUUCUCACUCCACAAAUCUUCCUUCUUUCUCUCCUCAAAAACCCAUUGGUCUGAAAAGAAAUUCUUUGAGAAUUAAUGCCAUUUCCAAGAAAUGGGAACCCACAAAGGUUGUGCCGCAAGCUGAUAGAGUUCUGAUUCGGUUAGAGGAGUUGCCUGAGAAAUCUGCUGGUGGAGUAUUGCUUCCAAAAUCGGCAGUGAAGUUUGAGCGCUAUCUUAUGGGAGAAGUUCUUUCUGUUGGUUCGGACGUUGCUCAAGUAGAGACAGGGAAGAAGGUUCUUUUCUCUGACAUCAAUGCUUAUGAGGUGGAUUUGGGAACUGAUGCAAGGCAUUGUUUCUGCAAGGAAAGCGAGUUGCUGGCUUUGGUUGAGUGAAGUUUUCCCUCCCCAUUUGAAUUUUUAUGAUGUUAUUGCGCGAAGUAUUGUCAGGUGACAUUGAGACUGCGGGAUGUGUUGUAAAACCUCAUCUUUUGUAACACAAAAAUGUUGAGAUAUGUUUAGUGGAUUUUGUUUCUGAUGAUUUAUGGGCAAAAGUAUUGAGAUUGA